AGACUAUUGCAAAAAGAAAAAAAAAAGAAAAGAAAAAGCCUUAAUUCUAAUCGGUAGAUUCGGUAAAAGGUGACAAAUUGCUCAGUCAAGGUGUAGUAUGCAAGUUGUGAAACCCUAAAAACCCUCUCUCGUAAAACUUAGAACCCUAGUUAUUUGCCUUGUCAAAAUUUUGAUACCUUGAGUUGGAAAAGCGGCAAUGGUGAGGUUGACUGCAGAUUUGAUUUGGAAGAGUCCACAUUUCUUCAAUGCCAUCAAAGACCGCGAAUUGGAUCUUCGAGGGAACAAGAUUGCAGUUAUAGAGAAUUUGGGUGCCACUGAGGAUCAAUUUGACACCAUUGAUUUGUCUGACAAUGAAAUUGUAAAACUCGAGAACUUCCCUUAUUUAAACAGGUUGGGAACUUUGAUUCUGAACAACAAUAGGAUUACUCGCAUCAAUCCAAACUUAGGAGAAUUUCUGCCAAAGCUCCAUACACUUGUCCUUACAAAUAAUCGAAUGGUUAAUUUGGCUGAGAUUGAUCCACUUGCUUCCCUUUCAAAGCUGACGUUCCUUAGUCUUUUGGACAACAAUAUUACCAAGAAACCAAACUAUCGUUUGUAUGUGAUCCACAAGUUGAAGUCACUGCGUGUGCUGGAUUUUAAGAAAGUUAAACAAAAGGAACGAGAAGAGGCAAAGGACCUCUUUCCAUCCGAGGAAGCGGAAAACACAAUGAAAAAGUUAUCCGUCAAGAAACCCACAUUGGAUGAGGUGGCUACUGUUGAGGAUGUCCCUAAAGAAGAUCAUGCACCUAAAGCUAUUGCACCUACACCAGAGCAAAUUUUGGCUAUUAAGGCUGCUAUUGUCAAUUCGCAAACUCUUGAAGAAGUUGCUAGGCUGGAAAAGGCACUGAAAUCAGGCCAACUCCCUGCGGAUUUGAAGAUUUCCGACAAUGAAGGGCUUAAUACAAGUGAAGUUACCUCAUCUGACAAGAUAGUGACAGAUGGCCAAAAUGAGGUGAAUGUGCGGCUGGAGGAUGCUGAAUCUGUGAAGCAGACUGAGGAGCAUACAGAAAUGGAACAAGAUUAAAUGCUCAUACUUGUAAGUUGUAACCAACAGCAACAAGACUAUGCAGCCAGAUUUCCAUCUUUGCUUUCACUUUCAGGAUUCAUCUUUGGUUUGAAUUUUUGGAGGAUUUCUCAUCAAUCAUUCACAUUUAGAUAGUGCUGCAACACAACGGUCAAAUUUGUAGACUUGAUACUCCGCUAACCGUUAGUAUUAUGUCACCCUUGUAAAUUUAAGUAUUAAGAUCCUCAAUACAAUUGUACCAAAGCUUUGGUUUUUUCUUUUUUAAAGUUCUUAUUUUUAACUUUGAUUAAUGAUUGAUGAAUGGAAAUUAAGGAAAUGAAUGAUUAGUUGGAGGAGAUA